AGCUUCCCCCGUUCGAUGCCCUGCACGUGUCUCCGUCUAUGGUCACCGUCGCUCGCCCCGCAGGCGUCAAGGUCCCCGCGUGCUAUAAAUGGCGCGCGUGCCGCACGGGGCUUGGUUUCAAGCCUCCUCGCGUUUCGCAGGACCAAAAGACAGAGACAAGCGCGCGCUAGAGGAUCAAAUCGCCUUGAGCAGCAUUGGCAGAUUGUUAGGAGGUCGCCGGCCGGAUCGGAGGAGGAGGAAUCAAUCAAGGAGAUGAGCGGCGGCAGCGGAGGGCCGGCAGCGCAGGAGCAGGGCCUGCAGCUUCCGCCGGGGUUCCGCUUCCACCCGACUGAUGAGGAGCUGGUCAUGCACUACCUCUGCCGGCGGUGCGCCAGCCUGCCCAUCGCCGUGCCUAUCAUCGCUGAGGUCGACCUCUACAAGCACGACCCCUGGCAGCUCCCAAGAAUGGCGCUGUACGGCGAGAAGGAGUGGUACUUCUUCUCCCCACGGGACCGCAAGUACCCGAACGGGUCGCGGCCGAACCGCGCUGCCGGCACGGGGUACUGGAAGGCCACUGGCGCCGACAAGCCGGUGGGUACGCCGAAGCCGUUGGCCAUCAAGAAGGCGCUCGUCUUCUACGCCGGCAAGGCGCCCAAGGGUGAUAAGACUAACUGGAUCAUGCACGAGUACCGCCUCGCCGACGUCGACCGCUCCGCCCGCAAGAAGAACAGCCUCAGGUUGGAUGAUUGGGUUCUGUGCCGAAUCUACAACAAGAAAGGCGCGCCGGAGAUGCCGAGCGGCGGGGACCUUGCCAAGUCUAGCCACGUCGGGCAGGCAGCCGUCGGCUCGCUGCCGGAGCAGAAGCCAGCCCUUCUGCCUCCCGCGGCCGCGGCGACAGGUUACGCGCCGCCGCCGUUCUCGGAGCUAGCGGCGUACUACGAGGUCCGGCCGUCGGACUCGAUGCCGCGGGCGCACGCGGACUCGAGCUGCUCGGGGCACGCGCUUGCGGCGGCGACGUCGUCGUGCGGCGGCGAGCGGCCGGAGGUGCAGAGCCAGCCGAAGAUGGCCGAGUGGGAGCGCACGUUCGCCACUGCUGCCGGCCCGGGCGUCAACCCAGCCGGCUCGAUGCUGGGCGCGCAGCUCGACUCGGCGGUGGCGGGGCUGCCCGCCGGCGACCCGCUGCUCCAGGACAUCCUCACGUACUGGGGCAAACCGUUCUGAGAACGGUAGCCGGCCGCAUGAAUGAAUAGUUGGGUUGGGAUGAUCGGGGUGACUCAGCCGAGCCGCCGGAAUUGAUCGGCCGCCUGAUAUAUUUACUGGCCCGGUUGCAUGUUUGGUGUUACACGGUGCAAGUAGUACGGACGGCGGCAAUGAGGCCGUGGAGCCCUGAUCGAGCAGCAGGAGCACUAGCUGCGACGAGAGUUGAACAAAGUCUUUGUGUAUGCAAUAUGAUUUAAUUUGGUGCCAGGCUUGGGUUUUUGUACGUGCAGUAUUUAAUUUAUUUUGUUUUGCUUCUUGAUCA